AAUCUCAGUUUACACUACCAGUAAAUCGCCGAGAAGAAGCAAAGCAACCACUCUCUGAGACGGCGGGAGGAGAUCAUGGCGGGGUACAGAGUGGAAGAUGACUAUGAUUACCUCUUCAAAGUAGUUCUCAUAGGCGACUCCGGAGUAGGAAAAUCAAAUCUCCUAUCCAGAUUCACCAAAAACGAGUUCAAUCUCGAGUCUAAAUCCACCAUUGGGGUCGAGUUCGCCACUCGCACCUUAGCAGUCGAGGGUAAGGUCAUCAAAGCUCAGAUUUGGGACACCGCUGGUCAAGAGAGGUACCGUGCCAUCACCAGUGCAUACUACCGUGGAGCCGUUGGCGCACUCCUAGUAUAUGACGUAACCCGCCGUGCAACGUUUGAGAACGUAGACCGGUGGUUAAAGGAGCUCAAGAACCACACUGAACCAAACAUUGUGGUGAUGCUCGUUGGUAACAAAUCUGAUCUGCGCCAUUUACUAGCUGUUCCGACGGAAGAUGGGAAAUCCUAUGCUGAGCAGGAAUCGCUUUGCUUCAUGGAAACAUCUGCCCUAGAAGCCACAAACGUGGAGGAUGCGUUUGCAGAGGUGUUAACACAGAUAUACCGCAUCACGAGCAAGAAGCAAGUCGAAGCUGGUGAAGAUGGGAACGGAUCUGUUCCCAAAGGUGAGAAAAUCGAAGUUAAAAACGAUGUAUCUGCUCUGAAGAAACUCGGCUGCUGCUCAAAUUGAUAGGCUUCUCUUUUAAAAAUCUGCUGAGAAAGAGUUGUAACCCCAUGGUCCAUUGUUUUAUUCUGUUCUUGUUUUGUAACAAUAUGAACAUCAAUAUGAGCUUUAGACUAUACAUGAUAUAAUGUUCCUUCAAA